AUGGUGCGCUAUUGGCAAAUUAUUUCUACCUCUAUAAAGGCAUAUGUUCGUAAAGUUGACGUUUUAAACCGUGGAUUUUCUGGUUACAACACAGACUGGGCUCUUCCCAUCCUUUAUCAGCUCUUACCCACCGUUAAAGAACAAAAAUCAGAAGCAUGUUCAAUUCAAUUGAUGACUAUCUUUUUCGGUGCCAAUGAUGCGGCUUUACCCUUUUCGCCACAACAUGUACCUUUGGCUCGAUUCAAAGCCAAUUUAAGAGAAAUGGUGGAUAUAAUAAUUAACCCUGCUUCUCGUUUUUACAAUCCCAAUAUGCGUUUGAUUUUGAUUACACCGCCACCUAUUAACGAAGAUCAAUGGAAAAAGCGAUGCGAGGAUCAAGGUGACAGGUUGAAUAGAACAAAUGUGGCUGCUCGCGAAUAUGCUGAAUGUGUGAAGGACGUAGGAAGAGAAUGUGGUGUUCCUGUAGCAGAUAUAUGGACACGUAUUAUGGACAAGGCGCAUGAAAAGCAGCAAGUGAUUGGAGGUAGCCAUCCUGGCUUGGCGAAUUAUCUAUUGGAUGGGUUACAUUUGAAUGCAAGUGGCUAUAAGGAAUUGUACGAUUUAUUGCUAAGUAUCAUUACGGAAAAGUACCCAGAAAUUCAUCCUGAUAAACUUCAUUAUGAGUUGCCAUAUUGGAAAGAUAUUCUCUCUCAAGAGCCAGUAAACCUCCAGUUUCCGUUACUAAAAGACAGAAAACCAGAAUGA